AAAGUUGUUGCAAACUGUCGGUGAAAAGCCAAAGCUCUUGACGCACUCUGGCGGAAUUAAUUGAUGUCAAUGGGGCGCACCUGCGGUUCAGUUGUCGGCUGUCAGUUUUAGUCAUUUUAUUGAUAUUAUUUUACAUAAAAACAUAAAUAAUCAGAGGUGCAAUUAAGCAAACAUCAAAAUCACAUUUUGUCCUGAUUUGUGAUGAAAUGUCGCAGCUGGGAUCGGCUGUGCCCUCAUCAAACUUACCCGAGGGCCUCCCGGUGCCCAGUUUGGCCCUUCUGAUCCUGGUGCUCAUUCCCUGCGUACUUCUGCUCCUGCUGCUCAACUGCCUGUUCGUGGGAUACAAGCUGUUCCGCAUGACCCUGAGGAAGAGAGCCCGCUGCGGCUCGGAAGUCUCGCUCGUGCACUCGUCGUUUUCAACCCGCCAGAGAAUCACCCGCUUCUCUGAUGAGCCUCUGUUCGCUCCAAACAGAAAGACCAACUACGCCUCGGUCUCGGAGCCGAUGCUGGCGCCUCCCAUCACCUCGUCCCUGACCUCGUCAGCGGAGAGAAGGGCCACCGGGCAGCGCGCCAGGUUUGUACGGCCGGAUGGGGCCACUUACGCCGGGUCCGGGUCACUGCGCGUGCCGAACUGGAGGACGAGCGCCCCGGUUCUGCUGCAGUCCAGUGAUUCGGACACGGAGCGGGUCAACACGGUGCCACCGAACUCACCAGCACAGCAGGUGACUCCCGAUGGGUUCUCAAUGCGGAUGACUUCCAUGCGUAGAAGCAGCACCAUGGAGCUGGAGAGAGCUCCUCUGGAUAAGAUCCAUGUGGAAUGUGAGUCCGCCAGCAUCAUCCAGCCGGAAAACUCCUGCUAUGUGGCGUCAUCAAGCCCCUCGGCUAGGGGUUCAGGACUGGACAGUGACUUUGGAGCCAGUGCAGGUGUAUCUCUGCGUAUCCUUUCUAUGGACAGUGACGGUUUCCCGGGCUCUGCCUGGGCGUCCGCUCUGGAAUGGGAUUACUACGACCCAAGUUACGUCACUCAGAACCACAUCCCGAAGCACAGACCUCAUGCACCCCCCAUCACUACCAAACAGUACUGGGUCUAGAGCCCGAGCUCCAUAGAGAUAGCCUGAUGAACUCCAGAACAAGACUCAAUUCAGCCAUUCUCAUUCUAGAACUUCAGUUGAACCGAGUCUAGAUUUCUGUCUGGGUUUAGUGCACUUAAAAAUGUUCACUAGCUGUUUUAACUGCAACACAUCACGUUGUCAUCACACACGAUUAAAAAAAAUUCUUCACGAUCACAGCUUACUUCUGCAGCAACUCCAAACAAGUUUGUUCUGUUUACAAAAAUGUGUUUAUAAAAUCACCCCACUAUUUCAUUCACUUUGACACAGCAUUUCUUUUACACAUUGAGUUUCUCACUGUUUUGUAAUUUUUAUAUGUUUGCACAUGAUUCUCAGCAUGGUGUUUCUGAGGUCUUCAGAAGAGGCUGUUUGAGUACUUCACAUUUUUGACACGCUACACACUCUUGUAUUUGUAACAAAAAAUAUUUAGAUUGUGCCUGACUUGAAUAAUAAAGUUUUAAAAUA